AGACCAAAACAGACACAGUGUGCAUCUGUGCGACUGCGAGCGUUUAAAAAUGGAGAAGAUUUGCGUAGCAGUGAGAUUGAGACCAGCAGUGAAUGAAGAAUUCGCAAACGGAAAUGGGUUCCACUGGAAAGUGGAAGACAAUCGCAUUUCUCUUCACAAAUCUCGGGGCACCCCCAUUUCUGGUGUUUCAUUUGCUUUUGAUCAUGUGUUCGACCAGGAUUGCUGUAACAGUAGGGUAUAUGAGCUUUUAAUCAAGGACAUUAUACAUGCAGCUGUCGAAGGCUUCAAUGGAACUGCAUUUGCAUACGGACAGACAAGUAGUGGGAAGACUUUUACCAUGAAUGGUUCAGAAAAUGAUCCAGGAAUUAUCCACCGGGCUGUAAAAGAUAUAUUUACAGAAAUUGAGAUGACACCCGAUAGGGAGUUUUUGGUUAGAGUUUCCUAUAUGGAAAUUUAUAAUGAAGACAUCAAUGAUCUUUUUGCUGUGGAAAAUCAGAAACUGCAAAUUCACGAGAGUUUGGAGCGUGGAGUUUUUGUUGCAGGACUCAGGGAGGAAAUAGUGAAUAGUGCUGAACAAGUAAUUGACCUUAUUCAACUUGGAGAAGUUAAUAGACAUUUUGGUGAGACUAACAUGAAUGUUCGUAGUAGUAGAUCUCACACAGUGUUUAGGAUGGUAAUUGAAAGCAAGGGAAAGGACAACAAUGCGAAUAACAGUUCAAGUUCACACGACGCAAUUCGUGUCUCUGUCUUGAACUUAGUCGACUUAGCGGGUUCUGAAAGAAUUGCUAAAACUGGAGCUGGGGGAGUUCGUUUAAAGGAAGGAAAGCACAUUAACAAGAGCUUGAUGGUUCUUGGCAAUGUGAUUAACAAACUAAUUGACGGUGCAAAGCAAAGGGGACACAUUCCUUAUCGCGAUUGUAAGCUUACUCGUAUACUUCAACCUGCACUUGGUGGUAAUGCAAAAACUUCAAUAAUUUGUACCGUGGCACCAGAAGAGGUCCACUUAGAGGAAACAAAGGGAACACUUCACUUUGCUAGCAGAGCGAAACGGAUUACCAACUGCGUUCAAGUGAAUGAGAUAUUAACUGAUGCAGCUCUAUUAAAGCGACAAAAACUUGAAAUAGAGGAGCUACGCUUGAAACUUCAGGGUUCACAUGCGGAAGUAUUAGAGCAAGAAAUCUUGAAACUGAGGAAUGAUAUGCUGAAGUAUGAGUUAGAGCGGGAGAAGCUUGCUAUGGAAUUAGAAGAGGAAAGGAGAUCACAUAAGGAGCGUGAUCAAUGCAUCAGGAAGCAACAAAUUAAAAUCGAUAAUCUUAGCAACCAGAAUGUUGGCAAAGGAAGCCUUGGAGAGGAAAGCAAUGACAGUCACAGCAUCUGCCAAGAAGAUGCCUUUAGUACACCUUGUUUUAAAGCAGUUCCCAAUGCUUUUGUAUUUAAGCGCUCACAGUUCUCUAGGCAGCCAGAUUGUAGUCCACUUCCAGAUACAUAUAAUGACUUUGCUGAUGAAGACACGUGGAUGAAAAUGAAUAAAGGUUAUGUAGCUGACCUUGAUGCACUUAAUAUGACUCCAGCAAGGAAAGUUCAGUCAUUUCCAUCUGUUGAUGACUUCUCGGCAGAGAAUAACAAUCAAGAGAUGCUAAAUCUACAUAGACAACUACAACUUCUUACUGAGGAAAGAGAUGAACUCAAGAUGAACCAUACUGAACAAGUGACGUUAAACAACCAGCUAACUAAAGAAAUAUCCGAACUCCAGCAAGAGGCAUUGCUAAUUCAAGAAGUUCCUCGGGCCCUGUUUGAGUCCGUGACAAAUUGCAAGGAUGUUUACAAGGAUAUCUUUUCAGUUUUACAGGAUUUUGUAGCUGAUGAGAGAUCUGCAACUGCUGAAAUACUUUCUACAACAACUGAGAUAGGUUUAAGUUUUUUUUCAACUCUGGAAGCUCAUUUUUUGAUGGCUAUGGAUGGCCAGAGAUCCCAUGUAAAAAAUUAUUCAAUACAAGAACAAUGCACUAUGCUUCGGAAGAGGUUGAAUAGCACGAUUUCAUCUUUGAUAUUAUCAGAUUCACCAAAUAUCAAGGAUGAACGUUUGAAGGAUUUUCCAAAUAGCAGCAAACAUAAGGGCACUUUGGGAGAAGAAAUUGCUUCUUGGAAAAGGAAACUGGAAGAUGAAGUCAAAACAAUUAAACAGAAGUACCAAAAUUUAGAGUCAGAGUUGGUGGUCAAUAACAAAAUUCUUGAGGUUUCUGAGAAUAAAUAUCAUAGCUUGGAAAGGGAGUUCAAUCUUUUGAAAGCAGAGAGAGACGACCUUCUCGAAAGAGUGUCCAAUUCAUCGCAAAUGCUUGCACAGUUUAGGGAUCAGAAGGAAAAUUUUCUACAGGAUUUGAAUGCUGAAGUACAGAGGAGGAAGAAACUCGAAGAAGAAAUCAAACAAUUCAGUGUUGCUUUUGCAUCUCGGCAGAGGUCGAUUAUGUCUUUCCAAAGCGACUUCAAAUCUGUGCUUGAGAACUUGAAGGCACAGAAUCCAGUUUCAGCAUCCAAAUCUCUUGGAUCUUGAUGAUGAGAAUUGUUGUUGCCACUAGUGAAUGAUUCUUCACCUGUCCUUGCAAACUAGUCAUUCGAUACUUGUAUUAUUAUUCAGAUCAAUUAUAAUUUACCUGUCCUAACAUUUUGACUUUACUUUUCUAGGACGUUGAUCAUGUACUGUCUUAAGAUUUCUUUUGUAGUUGAUGCGCGAGGGUUGUGCCGAGAAUUGGAUUUUAAAUUCAGUUCCAAAUAUUAUGAAUUUAUUCAAUGGAGUUGAAAUUAUCUUUCAA